AUGGAUAUGAACCAUUUAAUAGGUCAGCGUUUCAACCUGAUCUCCAAGAGUGACAUUCGUUAUGUUGGAACGUUGCAUGAGAUCAAUCCUGAAGCAUCCACCAUAGCUCUGGAGAAUGUUGUCUCUUUCGGGACCGAGGGUCGUCGAGGCAAUCCCGCUGAGGAGAUUGCCCCGUCGGCCAGCGUCUACGAAUACAUUGUCUUCCGAGGCAGUGACGUAAAAGACAUUAGCGUAGCAGAGGACACGAAGGAGAACAGUCAGCCUGAACCUCCUCAGGUGCCCGAUGAUCCCGCCAUCUUAGGGAGUAUGUCUCGUCCGGGACCUACUUCCCAGGGCUUGCCUCCGUCACAACAGCCUCAGGUGCCUCGCCCGGCGCCUCCUGGCUACCCUCAACAACCGCCGUUCCAAGGCUUCUAUCCUCCAUAUGGACAACGCUUUGGAGCCCCCGGUUUCCCUCCUGGACCUGGUUUUCCUAAUAUGCCGUAUGGAGCCCCGCCACCAGGAUGGUUUCCUCCCCCGGGUCAAGGAUUCCCCCAAGGACCAGGCCAGUUCCCCCCACCUCAGAUGCCUAUUGGACCCCCUGGCCAACACCAGACCCCUCCUCCGCAGCGACAGGGGGUACCUGGCGCAGGCCCCGUAAAUGUCCCUAAACCCACCUCUGAGCUUCCCGUUGGUGACCGGCCGUCCAGUAAGCCAGCCAGCCGGAAUGCCACACCCGCACCUGGCGUCUCUGCUCAGAAUGCUCCUCCGCCCCCUGUUGAAUCGAAACCAUCUGUAACGGAGGCCGUACAAGCCUCCAGUAUUCCUGCUGCUGCCGCGGCUCCGACUCCGGCCAAGAUGCCACCUACUGGACCCCGGAGCGGACGUGUGCAGCCGGCGAUUCCGAUCAAUGCUCCCUCCAAGCCACCUGUUCCUGCUGUAGGCAAUCCUCCUGUCGCUGGCGCUGGAAGCAGUGUGCCGCAAGGUACCGCUCAGGCGGCCAUUACCGAGGCUACGCGUGCUGCCACGGCGGCUGUUGCGGCGGCUAUGGCCAAGCUGCCCCAGCCUAACGCGCCCAAGAAGCCUGCGCAUGGCGAGGUGUCCGUUGAAGGAGUAACGAGACAGAUGGCGGAAAUGAAGCCGUAUGAGGGCAACCGCGCUCCCCGUGGUCAUCAUCAGCAUCCCCGUGGACGUGGCGGCCACCGCGCCCCCUACCAGGGACAGUCGAAGAAGGUCGAGGUUCCUGAUACGGACUACGACUUCGAGACUGCCAACGCCAAAUUCAACAAGCAAGAUCUGGUCAAGGAGGCCAUUGCCACUGGAUCGCCUGUCCACGAGGCUGAGACUGCUUCCAUCACUAACGGGGACAUUGAAGCGCCUGAUACCAGUGCUGAUGCAUCCUCUGUGGCUACCUACAACAAGUCCACCUCUUUCUUCGAUAACAUCUCGAGCGAGGCUCGUGAUCGCGAAGAGGGAACGGGAGGCCGUGUGGGCGGCCGUGAGUGGCGCGGCGAGGAGGAGAAGCGCAAUAUCGAGACCUUCGGCCAAGGUAGCGUUGACGGCUACCGGGGAAGCUACCGUGGUCGUGGUAGAGGAAGGGGCUAUGGCCGUGGCCGCGGUGGCUAUGGACGUGGAUACUCUCGGGGUCGUGGAGGCCUUCGUGGAGGUCGCAACACUUCGCAAGCCACCGGUGUGCCUACCCAGACAUAG